CGGAGAAGGUGGCCAGCCGGAGCCGGAAGUGCCACGUGUCCCGACUGCGCCUGCGCGGCGGACGGCUGACAGGCACUUCCGGUCGGGGCCUCCCUCCUCUCCCGGCUUUGGCGGCCGCCUCCCCAGCCUGGCGUUCGCCGCCCCACCGGCUCGACUUUGUAACCUCAGCUCCCAGGCCAGGCCGUGGCCGCCGGGGGGCGGGCUGGGGGGGGGAGAGCGAGGCGCCAUGCCUCGGGCUUGACGCGCCGCCCUCGUCUCCCGUCCUAAGUCUUCAGCGCCAUUCCCUCCCCGCGCCUCCCCGGACUCUCUCGGCUUUUCAGCCGCCGCCUUUCCGCCCUCCGCCGGGCGCCUCGGUCGACCCGGACCGGUCCCGCUUCUCAUCCAGAUUGCGGCUGUCGUCAUGUCCCAGCCGGGGGUACCGGCCUCCGGCGGCCCCCAACCCGGCCUGCAGGCCCAGAAUGGGGCCCCCUCGGCCUCGGGGUCUCCCUACGCCAACGGUCCUGUUCAAAAUGCACUGAUGUCUUCACACAUGUCAGUGAGCCAAGGAUAUAAUUCCCAGCUUCCAGGAUCCUACCCUCAUCUAAUACCAGCAAAGACUUCAAGUCCACUGUCUGCACAGUCUAACUAUGGUGGUUCUCAGGGAUCUGGGCAGACUUUUCAUAGACCACCUGUGGCUUUGAAUCCAAUGACACCUUCACUCCAUAGUGGUCCUGUUCCCCGAAUGCCUCUCCCUAAUUCUCAGAACCCAGCUGCUGCACCAAUGCCUUCUGGUAGUUUUCUUCCUGGAGCUAAUCCACCACCACCUUCGAAUUGGCAGUAUAACUAUCCAUCCACAGGAUCACAGCAGACAAACAGUUGUCCUCCUGGGGCCCAACCACCUGUAUCUGGGAAUACAAAUUUAACAACAAAUCAGCAGUAUGUAUCUUCUGGAGCGUCUUCACAUCAAAACAGCUUCAUAAAAUCAGGUCCUGCACUUCCCUCACGGAACCCACCUCUGCCUACCCCUUUCCAACCAGGAGCUCCUCCUGGGCCCCCUCCAGCUGGUGGACCUCCAGUAAGGGCCCCAGCACCCCAGAAACUAUCACAUACAGCCUCACCCCAGCCUUUGUUUCAUUCAGCUGUAAACCAAGAAGGUAUUACAUCAAAUGCCAAUAAUGGAUCAAUGAGUGUCCACAGUAAUUAUGAGGAGAUUGAAGGAGGUGGCUUCUUGGCAACAUCACAGCUCACUAAUAAGAACCCCAAAAUGAACCGAAGUGUUGGGUAUGCCUACCCCUCCCUACCACCUGGUUAUCAGAACACAACACCGCCUAGUGGGACUGGAAUGCCACCCUCAUCCUUGAAUUACCCAAGUGGCCCCCAGGCCUUUACUCAGACUCCCUUAGGUGCUAAUCAUUUAACUGCAAGCAUGAGUGGAUUAAGUCUACAUCCAGAGGGUCUAAGAGUCAUCAAUCUACUUCAAGAGAGAAACAUGCUUCCCUCAACACCUUUGAAGCCUCCAGUUCCAAAUUUGCAUGGAGAUAUCCAGAAACUCAACUGUAACCCAGAGUUAUUUCGAUGCACACUGACGAGCAUUCCUCAGACUCAGGCCUUAUUGAAUAAAGCCAAACUUCCUUUGGGGCUCUUGCUUCAUCCUUUCAAAGAUCUAGUGCAAUUGCCUGUGGUUACCUCCAAUACAAUUGUUAGAUGUCGUUCAUGCAGGACCUACAUCAACCCUUUUGUCAGCUUUCUUGACCAAAGGAGGUGGAAGUGUAACUUAUGUUACCGAGUCAAUGAUGUUCCUGAAGAAUUCAUGUACAACCCUUUAACCAGAGUUUAUGGAGAACCUCACAGAAGACCUGAAGUUCAAAAUGCUACUAUUGAGUUUAUGGCUCCUUCAGAGUAUAUGCUGCGACCACCACAACCUCCUGUGUACCUCUUUGCAUUUGAUGUGUCUCACAAUGCAGUCGAAACUGGAUACUUGAAUUCAGUUUGCCAGAGUUUGUUAGACAAUCUGGAUUUGCUUCCUGGCAACACUAGGACAAAAAUUGGCUUCAUAACAUUUGACAGUACAAUUCAUUUCUACAGUCUUCAAGAAGGUCUUUCGCAACCUCAGAUGCUAAUAGUUUCAGAUAUUGAAGAUGUUUUUGUACCAAUGCCAGAGAACUUAUUAGUAAAUUUAAAUGAAAGUAAAGAGCUUGUUCAAGAUUUACUGAAAACUCUGCCACAAAUGUUUACCAAGACUCUGGAGACCCAGAGUGCUUUGGGUCCUGCACUUCAGGCUGCCUUUAAGCUGAUGUCCCCGACUGGUGGUAGAAUGUCUGUCUUUCAAACCCAGCUCCCGACUCUUGGUGUCGGAGCCCUUAAACCACGAGAAGAGCCCAACCAAAGGUCAUCUGCUAAGGAAAUACACCUGACACCAUCUACUGACUUCUAUAAGAAAUUAGCCUUGGACUGUUCUGGUCAGCAGGUAGCUGUUGACUUAUUCCUUCUCAGCGGACAGUAUUCUGAUUUGGCUUCUCUGGGUUGUAUUUCUCGGUACUCAGCAGGUAGCGUUUAUUACUAUCCAUCAUAUCAUCAUCAGCACAAUCCGGUUCAGGUACAGAAAUUACAGAAGGAAUUGCAGAGGUACCUCACUCGGAAGAUUGGCUUUGAGGCAGUUAUGAGAAUUCGAUGCACCAAAGGUCUUUCCAUUCAUACUUUCCAUGGGAACUUCUUUGUCCGUUCAACAGACUUACUGUCUCUACCCAACGUCAAUCCUGAUGCUGGGUAUGCAGUACAGAUGUCAGUAGAAGAGAAUCUCACUGACACUCAGCUGGUUUCUUUUCAGUCAGCACUCUUGUAUACAUCAAGCAAAGGCGAAAGAAGAAUCCGCGUCCAUACUUUGUGUUUGCCCGUGGUUGCUACUCUGAAUGAGAUCUUUCUUGGAGCUGAUGUUCAAGCAAUUUCAGGACUAUUGGCCAAUAUGGCUGUUGACAGGUCUGUGACUGCCAGUCUGAGUGAUGCCCGGGAUGCCCUGGUGAAUGCUGUCAUCGAUUCUCUAGCAGCUUACCGGUCUUUAGUCCUGAGUAACCAGCAGCCAGGCCUCAUGGUUCCUUUCUCUUUGCGGCUUUUCCCAUUGUUUGUGUUGGCUCUCCUUAAACAGAAAUCAUUCCAGACUGGGACAAAUGCACGUCUAGAUGAACGCAUUUUUGCUAUGUGUCAAGUGAAAAACCAGCCUUUGGUUCAUCUUAUGCUGACAACACAUCCCAGUUUGUACAGAGUUGACAACCUCUCAGAUGAGGGAGCACUGAACAUCAAUGAUCGAACCAUCCCUCAACCCCCCAUUCUUCAGCUCUCAGUGGAGAAGUUGAGUAGAGAUGGUGCUUUCCUCUUGGAUGCAGGCUCUGUCCUAAUGCUUUGGAUUGGGAAAAACUGUGCACAGAAUUUUCUUAACCAUGUUCUAGGAGUUCAAAACUAUGCAUCAAUUCCACAGCCUAUGACGGAUCUUCCAGAACUUGAUACACCAGAAUCUGCCAGAACAAUAGCUUUUAUCUCUUGGCUUAGAGAACAGAGACCAUUUUUCCCAGUACUUUAUGUAAUAAGGGAUGAGAGUCCAAUGAAAGCCAGCUUCCUUCAAAACAUGGUGGAAGACAGAACUGAAUCUGCAUUAUCAUAUUAUGAAUUCCUCUUGCACAUACAGCAGCAAGUGAAUAAGUGAAGAAAUCUGAUUUAAUUAUUGCUAAGGAAAUCACAAUAACACAGAAUUGCUGGGAAUAUAUAGUACCUUACUUUUCUAUUUAAGUUUGUGAACUAAAAUGUGAUGAUUGAGAUGUUUUCACUGUGAUUUCAACCAACUAUAGCAAAUAAAGGACCACAGCAGAGAAUCAAACAUGCAACUCUAAAAUACUGUAAUUUUCAAAUCAUAAUAUAUUGAUGUAUCAUUGAAUACCUUUAUUCCUUUGCUGCCAAUUAUGUUUGAGUUGUUGUGGAUUGAAACAAGACAAAACAGUGCUGCCGAGGCACAGUACAUUUUGUAAAAUAAAGAUUUCUAUGUUCUACAUGUAUAUUUCUCAUAUUUUAUUUUUCCUGAAAUUUUGGCUGCUACAGUUAAAACCUCACAAGACUAAGGGUUGCAGGGAAGUUUCAAAUCCAUUGAUAAUGAUCUUUUAAAAAUUGGAAAACCCAAAAACAAAUAGAAUGUACAAAAAUAGAAUUCAUUCCCCAUACCUACUUGUUUUUUUUUUUUUUGAGAAAAGAAUUCAUCAUGUUAACUAAAACUAGAGUAAACUAACUCUAGUUUGAGAGGAAUAUGAAGUAAUGGAUUCAAGUUUUAAAAUCUGUCAGUAUUCUCUUCUUGAAGAACAAAGUCACUUUAAUUUGAAGUGAAAACUGUAAUUAGGUGUUUUUCUGAUUUGGAUGCUGAGGCCUUAAACAUUUUAUUCUGCAAUGAUAAAGAAUUUAUCAUUUAUAGUGAUAACAGGGAGAUGAGAAAUUGUAGUUAUCUUGAUCCUCUAGGUGGGUUUGUUUGGUAUAUGCUGAUUAAUACUAAAAGUGUUAUCCUGGUGAGAUGGGAAGAAUGAGACAAGCUAAAAGUACUAUCUCAGAAUGCACUUUUCUAAAGAGUUUAUUCAUUAGACAACAUCAUUAGCACAUUCUGGGAUAGUCAAGCUCAUGAAGGCACAAAUGCUGCUGUUUGAUUUAGUGGAUAUUGGGGUCCCCAAAUUCAAUAUAUUGUAGUUACUU